GGGCAAUUUCGCACAAGAGCGGCCUUUUUGUGGAGCGGUGUUAAUAGUUUCAGGCCGGACGUAUUUUUGGAGCUACACCGCCAACAUGGACGCUGGUUCUCAGCGUGUUUUACAGUAUUUAACAGAAGUUGAAGAGGCAGCUGAGGACGUUCUCACUACUAAACAACAGGUACCGGAAACGCGAGGAGACGCAACGAGAACUCGUUUAUCACAGAGGACAGAAGUGGACUCAUUGCUGCUCCUCGUUUUAAUCGUAGACCUGGACAUGAAGAGGAACAGGAACAGGGAGGCGCUGAGCGCUCUGAAACAUGACAUGGCAGACACAGAAAAAGUCAAGGUGUGCUUUGGGAACAUGUUCCUCAAAUUCCCCAAAUCCAAAGCAAGAGAGAUGAUCCAGAAAGAUCAGGAGCAGCUUGACAAGGAGAUCAGCGAUCUUCGUAGAAGCCUGAAAGCAAAAGUCAACUGUCUCAAUGAGAUGCAAGGAAACCCUGAGCUCAGAGGCUACAACCUGUCUCCACUGUCCGCUGAAGAAUUGAAAGCUAUUAACAGCCUCCUGAGGAGGUGACCUGCUGGAGCCACGUUUCUCUUCACAGCUCUGCCAAACAGACGGACAGAUCCAAGAAAUCCUACAGUGAAGAUGUGUGAAGAUGUUCCUACGUGGGUCCUCCAGGACAAAUACUUAGCAACAGUUAUCUGGGCUCGUAACCGGCCAGAAGCCUUGGACUGGUCCCUUUUCUUAAGGCUGUUGCAGCCUUGGUACUGAAUUUAAGCGUUUAUGUUUUGAGUUUAUUGGUUAUAACCUCUUUUCAUCCCCCACAUUCUGAUUAAAAACAGAACUAAUAGAAAAGUUUCUGGGUGUCCACGUCCAUCUUUAGGCCGCGGAUUUUCCUCAAAAUUGUCUGACCUUGAAAAAAACACAGUGAAAGUUUAUUGAGUUUUGCGAUUUCUGGCAAACCAUGUUCAGCUCAAGGACGCUGCAUCCCUCAGGUCCUGUGUCAGAACUUUGCUGGGUUAUUGAAGCAGCUUUCUUAAAGAACCCCUUCAGUUGUAAGUAACUUUUUAUGCCUUUCCCUAUUGUGUGUGUGUGUAGCCUGGUAAAAAAAAA